CAAUUUUUGGCCGAACCAAAAUUUGCUCAUGCUUUUUGUCUCUCAGUGUUAAUCCGAUUUCCACGGUAAGGGAGUUUUCAGUGUAAUUUGGUAAUUCGUCGCACUUGUUUUGUCGGGUCAUUGUUCGUGGGAGAGUUAGCGAAACCUGUAGGAGUGCCCGAGCAAUUGGAUAGAGAGAUUUUCAAACCACCUGCCUCUGAUCUGAUACUAGAGGAAGAUUCGACAAAAUCUUGAUUUGUCGGUCUCUUGUUAUCUAGUAUUUGGAUUUGUGGCUGAUAGGCAUCGAGAGCGAAAGGAUAUUGACCUCAAAUGCGAUAAAAGCUGGUGUUAUUGAUUUCCAACGUUUUAACUUCCUUGUUUAUCGGCUAAUUUCUCCAAGGCCUUGGAGAUUGUAGGAUAAUGCAUAGAGGAAAAUGUCAAGKAAGAAUCAAACAAMCAAACUUGUCGUAAACUACMCAAAUUCUACCGCCAAGAUAGCUUUGAAUYCGAAUUUCCAAAGCCUUGCUUCCAAGCCAAGACCUCCGACGUACGAACCGGAAUUUGAACGGAAUUUAAACAACGACGAUAGUAGCUGCUGGAACGUAAAAAAUCCAUGGUUGUUGAGGAUAGUCGCAGUUUUUUCACUGGCCGCAACUAUUGUGAUUUUCGCRGCUCUACACACUAAACUCCAAUCUUCAUUCAAUGAACUAUCAAUUGAAGUUCGACAACUAAAAUUUAUGGUCGCUAACUUUCCAGAACACAUCAAAAAAAGUCUCCUUCUUUCGCUCAACAAAACGGACGACAGUGGAGGACAGCCAUGUAUGCAUUUCAAUAUAACACCAGGAAUAGAGAAUAAUAAGGGAAUAAAAGAACCGAAACAAGAGGCUUCGGGACGAGACAACCGAACGGCGUGCAGCAGCAGCAACGGUGAACAAGCUGAACAAAAAAAGGAACAAACAACAACUAACAUAAAAAUGAGCCGUAGAACUACAGUGUACACGCGGUGGGGAACAACACGAUGUCGGACGAGCAUCAAAUCACACACUUUUCUUGUUUACUCAGGUCGUGUAGCUGCGUCUCAUUAUACACACAAGGGAGGAGGAUCCAACUACUUGUGCUUGCCUGAAAACCCAUUUUACAGCAACAUGGGGAACAUCAGUGAAGACAAAAGUGCGCACCUUUAUCCCGUCAAAUACGGUGAUAUUAUGGACAUAUUUAACAAAGCUCCGCCCAAGGUAUUAAAAUCGCAUGCUCCAGAGAUUCAAAAGAAAAUGACCGCUUCAUUUCACUUUAUGGACGUUCCGUGCGCCGUAUGUGGAGUAGACGGUGCGACCACGGUACUGAUGAUACCCGCUCGUAAUGUCUGUCCAUUUAGAUGGGAGCGACAGUACCAUGGUUAUUUGAUGUCCCAGAAACACGAUUACGGGAAGUCUGAAUUUAUAUGUGUUGAUGUUGAAGCCGAAGGAAUACCAAACACGCGCAACCCUAACGGAGAUGCUUUUCUACAUUUGACUGAAUUCAAGUGCGGUUCAUCGUCGUAUAGAGGUUACCAACAGCACAAGGCUCUAUCGUGUUCUGUCUGCACCACGUGAUCAGAGCUACUUUUAUUUCUGCGCAAACUGAAUUUCGCGCUGCCCUGGGCUCAGGUCAAACGUUGAACUUCCCAUGAGCCGAACUAAUUGGAACAAUGGAUAACAAGGCGGUCUUCUUUGAUGUCAUUAGGUUCAGCUCAUGUGAAGUUAGACGUUUGACAUGAGCCUUAUAUUCUAUUCUAAUAUAUCAUUCUAAUAUAUUAAUAUUAUUUUAUAUAAGAAUAUACAUUAAAGCGAAAUCAACAUAGUUUCUGAAAAUUCAUUUAAAUUUGUCCAUGUUUAGUUUGGAACACACACAAAAAAACUUCUACUUUCUAUCAUUGAUUGUAAAAACCUGCCUUAUCUAUAUUUCUCCAAGUAAAAUCUACCAGCAAAGCAUAACAAUGCCGUCCAUCGAGUCCUAAAAUUAAUGAAAUGAACGAAAAAAACGUUUUGCGCGAUAUUUUCGAGAAUAAUGAAGAGCAAAGAGUUUAAAAUAAAGAACCCCAUCCCUAGGAACAAUUU